UCCUCAGUCUGCCGCCAGCCCUGCCCGCCACCAUGGGUUCCGUCACCUCCGCUCUCACCCGUUCGCGCAACACCGUGGUUCAGCUCAGCUCGGAGCCGGCUGGAGCCCCAGAGGCGGCCGCCGCCGGCAAGCCGCGAGCCUUCAGAAGCCGGAACAAAGAGGCGAGCCAAGCGGUUGCUGCUGGGGUCCCUGCUGGAGCCUCGCCCGCCCGCCGCCUCCCGCCGCCUCUGCCGCCGGGCGCUUGGGAAGGGAGCGGCCGGUUGGAGAAGGGAGAGAAGGGAGCGCCCCGGGAUCUGUCCGCGGUGCUGAAGCACGCUGAAGAUAAACGGGGGACCGCCGGACUGGCCUUACCCCUGGUUCCCCGCAGCCGCAGCGCCUUUGCAAACGAAGCAGGAGACAAAUCUGCUCGGCCGCUUUCACGAUUUGCUCGAUCAAAAUCUCAGAAUUGUUUGUGGAAUACCAUCAUUGGUGGCCUUACAGAAAAUCUGAAGGAGAAACAGAAACCAACCAUUGCUUUAGAUCAAAGACCUCCUGAAGAAAUCUUAGCAGAGGAGUUGCCCCCAGUGGAAAGUCCUGAAGCUCUGGUGAAAACCUCAUUCAGGUUAAGAUCCUUGGUAAAGCAACUUGAGAGAGGAGAGGCAUCCGUUGUUGAUUUAAAAAAGAACUUGGAAUAUGCAGCCACUGUACUUGAAUCUGUGUACAUUGAUGAAACCAGGCGUCUGUUGGAUACAGAAGAUGAGCUCAGUGAUAUCCAGUCAGAUUCCGUGCCCUCAGAGGUGCGGGAUUGGCUGGCCUCCACCUUCACACGGCAGAUGGGGAUGAUGCUGAAGAGAACUGAAGAAAAACCACGGUUCAGGAGCAUUGUUCAUGCAGUCCAAGCUGGGAUAUUUGUGGAGAGAAUGUACAGGAGAACAUCCAAUAUGGUUGGACUCAGCUAUCCACCAGCUGUGAUUGGAGCACUAAAGAAUGUAGACAAAUGGUCCUUCGACGUAUUUGCACUAAAUGAUGCAAGUGGGGAUCAUGCACUGAAAUUCAUUUUCUACGAAUUACUUACACGCUAUGAUUUGAUCAGCCGUUUCAAGAUUCCAAUUUCUGCUCUUGUCUCCUUUGUGGAAGCUCUGGAAGUUGGCUACAGCAAGCAUAAAAAUCCAUAUCACAAUCUAAUGCAUGCAGCAGAUGUCACACAGACUGUUCAUUACCUCCUUUUUAAGACGGGUGUAGCA